AAGACAGUGAGAAGACCUUGCAGAAGCUGACAGGAGGCCCUGAAGAGGCAAUGCAAGGACACAGCACCCCCUACCAGGCCAGGGGGUGUAAAUGACCAGGUCGCAGCUGGAUAAAGACCCUAAUCUUGACCCUGUCGAAAGAACAGUUGCACAUAACGUUCGCGUGAUACCUGCCACAGCCAGGAAAGGUUCAUCUUAACUCCUGCCAAAAGGAGAUAUGCUGACAUGCUGAACUGACGAGGUAGGAGCAUGCUGGAUGUGGGGAAGUGGCCAGUGUUUGCGCUCCUGCCUCCGGACGAACUGAGGCUGAUUCGCCAGGCCUGUGUCUUCGGCAGCUCGGGGAAUGAGGCCAUUUACGUCACGGUCAACGAUGAGGUCUUUGCUCUGGGCACCAACUGCAGUGGGUGUCUGGGCCUGGGCGAUGUUCAGAGCACCAUAGAGCCACGCCGAGUGGACCUGCUCUGCGGGAAGAAGAUUGUGUCGCUGAGCUACGGCACAGGGCCACACGUGGUCAUCGCCACCGCUGAUGGAGAGGUGUACGCCUGGGGCCACAACGGCUACAGCCAACUGGGGAAUGGCACCACCAACCACGGCCUCGCCCCGGCCCACGUGUCCACCAACCUGCUCACCAAGAAGGUGGUGGAGGUGGCCUGUGGAUCCCAUCACACCAUCGCCCGCUCCACGGACGGAGAGGUGUACGCGUGGGGGUAUAAUAACUCGGGGCAGGUGGGCUCUGGGUCGACGGCGAACCAGCCCACCCCGCGGCGAGUGAGCAGCUGCCUGCAGAGUAAGGUGGUGGUGAACAUCGCCUGUGGACAGCUCUGCUCCAUGGCCGUGCUGGACAGCGGGGAGACCUACGGCUGGGGCUACAACUGCAACGGCCAGCUCGGCCUGGGAAACAACGGGAACCAGCACACCCCCUGCCGCAUCGCCGCCCUGCAGGGCAUCAGCAUAGUGCAGAUAGCCUGCGGCUACGCCCACACUCUGGCCCUGACGGAGGAUGGGCUCAUCUACGCCUGGGGAGCCAACUCCUACGGGCAGCUGGGCACGGGCAACAAGAGCAACCAGGCCGUGCCGGUGCUGGUGAACCUGGAGAAGGAGAGACUGGUGGAGGUGGCUGCCUGCCACAGCAGCCACACAUCGGCAGCUAAGACGCAGACGGGGCAGGUGCUGAUGUGGGGGCAGUGCAGGGGGCAGGCGGUGGCCAGCCCCCACCUCACACACUUCUCCUGCACCGACGACGUGUUCGCCUGCUUCGCCACGCCGGCCGUCACCUGGCACCUCCUGUCUGUGGACGGAGAUGAUUACCUGACGGUGGCGCAGUCCCUAAAGAAGGAGUUCGACAGCCCAGAAAUCUCCGACCUGAAGUUCCUGGUGGACGGAAAGUCCAUUCACGUUCACAAGGCGCUGCUGAAAAUCAGGUGUGAGUAUUUCCGGGCCCUGCUGAACGAGACGGACGAGGAGUCCAUCGAAAUCCAGCAGUUCCCCUACCUGGUGUACCGCGCCUUCCUGGAGUACCUGUACACAGAUACCAUCAACCUGCCCCCAGAGGAUGCUGUAGGGCUUCUGGACCUGGCAACCUUCUACAGGGAGAACAGACUGAAACGGUUGUGUCAGGAGACCAUAAAGAGGGGGAUUUCUGAGGAGAACGCCAUCACCCUGCUCUCCGCAGCAGUCAAAUACGAGGCCCAGGACCUGGAGGACUUCUGCUUCAAGUUCAGCGUCAAUCACCUGACGGCCGUGACCCAAUCGCAGGCGUUUGCGGACAUGGACCACGACCUGCUCAAGAACUUCAUCAGCAAGGCCAGCCGAUUCGGUGCCUUCAAGAACUGACCCGAACCCCAAACCCAGAAUCCAGGACCCAGAGAGAGGGGGGCAGGGGCCAGCUGUCUGGGACCCAGAGAGGGGGGAGAGGGGGCAUUUGGGACACACUUAUGGGGGGGCAUGUGCAGAGAAACAGUUGAUCGGGCAUUAGAACGAAUGGUUCCCAAAAGACUGAUAGGAGAAGAGUCUCCACAAACUGGAAAUGAUUCAAUUCCACCUGACACAGGUGCACAUGCUGUACACACACAUACACACAAGCACAUAGACACACACGCACAAGCACAAAGAUACAAACACAGACACAGGUCAGUGAGGACAGAGAUAGGGUAGCGUGUGAAAAGCCUGUCACAUUGAAUUAAUCAUUGAGUGCAUCUGACCUGGCAGUGUCAGAGGCAAGGCUACUUCUCUCUGAUUGGUCUAAAACAAACUCUCUGGCCUCAUUCAGAAACGGGCUGAGAAUGUAUAAUCUGAAAUCACAGCGAAUAUGACGGAUAAGGCCAGUUUAUAGUUGGGUGAAGUUUGAUCGAACAAUGGAUAUCGCUACGUUGUCAACAACUUUCCAUUAUUGCUCGACUUUGAUUUUGAACGCUGUCGCUCGUAAAAUGUAUAAACUAAGAAAGCAUUGCCGCAGUUGAGUCAUUGCGAGCUCAAGACAUGGAAACUAGUAGAUGAGACUUUGCUAAACAUAAUUAGCUACUGAUGAGAAGGUUGUCAUGACAAUUGAGCCAUCAGUGGGGUCAAAGUUCAAGACAACAACGAUAGCGACGACAUCAAAUCGUAUAAUGUAUACGUAUAAACUGAAAGUUGUUGCGACCGGCUAUCAAAUGCGAUAAUCGGUGGUUGCAGUGAUCACACGUCGCCUUUUCUUCGAUUCAUGCGUGUGACAUAUAAAAACGGCGAGGUUUAUGUAGAAAAGGGUCAUGGUGAAUUAUGCAAAUUAGGAUCGUUUUUUAUUUAAGACUUUCUUUAAGGACUAGUUUUUAGUUGUAGUUUUUAGUUGGCAUUUAGCUCCUUUAAGAGACAUACUAAAUACCAAGAAACAUUUUCUUCUUUGUUUUAAGGAAGAAAAAUAUAGCGUCGAUAUUCGAGAAGACAUUGAAGUGUGAGUUUGAGAUAUAGAAGGCAAAUACUAAUUUUUUUGUUUUUUGUUUUUUAUUGCUAUGAUAGUUGUAUUUGAUGAGUGACGUUGCGUUAUACAGCUGUCACUGAUAUUUACAGUACAGAGUGUAUAUUUAAAAAGGUCAAAGGGAUUUUUGUCCAGUGCGUGCUUUCUAUAGUGCCCUGUGUCUCUUUUUACAUUGUAUUAUUGUCAUAUUUUGUCUUUUUAAAAAUAUUUUAGACAUAACUGCCCUGUAAACUUCCUCUUUCAGAUUAGCGUCUUAAUGGUUAACUGUCAAGCCGUCAAAACGGCCCUUGUUGGCAGAGAGCAUGAAUCUGAUAGGUGCAUAUUGCUGUCAAUUAUUCAUCUGUGUCCAGUAGCUGUCCGGCGUUUGGCUCUGUGGGGCGGAGCUGGAUUUCCAGGGUUACUGCAGGGUAUAUGCAGGUGAACACACAUCCUAGGCAUCUGUGCCUGUGUAAACACUUUACCUGGAAGCCUGUCCACCGCACCCCUGUCUCUCAGCUACCAAUCAACACAAGUGCUGUAGUGACAUCCACACUGCACUAUUCGCUUUUCUGAAGCCAUUACACACCUGGGAUUACAGUGAGGUCCGGAAGUAUUUGGACAGUAAUGCCAUUUUAAAGGGCUGUAUUUCCUACAUGGUUGGUUCACUUCAUAUGGACCUAAAUACCCUCAAGUUAAAGCUCACAGUCUGUACUUUUAAUUUGAGGGCAUUUCAUCCAUAUAGUGUAAACAGUGUAGGAAUUGCAGCCCUUUGAAUGAAUCAAUAAAAUCAAUUCAGGAAAUUUAUUGAACUUCCAGUUCCAUUUACCUUACUUAAGUGAAACUGACCCCAGCUCUGCUUCUGUAUGACAAACUGCUGAGCUGAGCACUUAUUUUGGUCAUGUGAAAAACCACUGAACUCGACUGUAUGUCUGUACCAUGCAUUCAGCAUAAGGGAGUAUUGUAUCAACAGGCCUAGUCAUCAGUUAAUAGAGUAUAUGCUACAAGUGUCAAUAAUGCAGGUCAAUGUUUCAUGUAAGCAUUUUUGAAAUGAUGAAUAAACAAUAAAAAGUAUGAAGGCA